CUGACUCUCUUGGUUCCGGCCGCCACCUCCCAACCGGCCGGCCGCAGUCUUUUCUCCAUCCUGCCCCAUUGUCAAUUGCCCAGGAGCUCCGCGAAACCUCGGUCCUACGUCGACGCCGUCGUGGGUUUUUUUCCUUUGUUCCUGGCCGCGAGCGUAGGGGAUACUGCGACUUGCUGCUGCGACAGGCUUUUGUGACGAGACGGGGAUCCUCAUCAUAGCGACCGACCGAUCACCGGAAGCCGGUUCGUCAACGCCAUGAGCGCCACGGUCGCCCCUCCCACGGGCACUUUUCACCUCGAUGUCGAGGCCAUAUCUGGAAUAUGCGGCUCCGUAUCCAUUGCCUGCUGGGUCGUCGUGUUCUCACCGCAGAUCAUCCAGCAGUUCCAGCAAGGCAACGCCGACGGCCUCUCCAUACAAUUCAUCAUCAUCUGGCUCCUGGGCGAUGUCUUCAACAUUCUCGGCGCCGUUCUGCAGGGUGUCCUUCCUACUAUGAUCAUCCUGGCCGUCUAUUACACGAUAGCCGACAUUGUGCUGUUGUGCCAGUGCUUCUACUACCGCGGCUUCACCUGGCGCGACGAGCCGACGCCGCCGCCGCCUCCCAAGACCACCGCCAACAACGUCGGCGAACCGAGCGAACGCACCUCAUUGUUGCCACAUCGGCAUGAGCAGCAGCACCACGAGCAGCACCGCAACCCAUACCACCCCGAAUACCACCCCGAGCGGCGCGGCUCCGACUGGACCGGCCUGUCCCCCGCCGUGCCGCACGUGUCUGAGUCGGCCGUCCCGCCCCCGCCCCCGACGGCCUUGCAGACUAUCGUUUGGAACGCGACCAUUGUCGUCAUGGUGUGUGCCGCGGGCGUGCUUGGCUGGUACCUCGGCGAGAAGGCAACGAGCGGCAAGGAGAAGCCGCACCACGACGCCGGCGACUCGCUCCACUUCAACGUCCUUGGCCAGUUCUUCGGCUACCUUUGCGCCGUCGCGUACAUUGCCUCGCGCAUGCCCCAGCUGAUCCUCAACUGGCGCCGCAAGACGACCGAUGGCCUGAGCAUGCUCUUCUUCCUCUUUGCCUGCCUCGGCAACAUCACCUACGUGCUGUCGAUCUUCGCCUACGACCCCAAGUGCCCCGGGGACGCGUGCGAACCCGGCGAGGCGAGUCGCAUCUACGGCCGGUACAUCCUCGUCAACUUGAGCUGGCUCGCCGGCAGCCUUGUCACCCUCCUCAUGGACAUUGGCGUGUUUGUGCAGUACUUUAUCUACAAGACGGACGAGGAGGCGCCGCGGGACGUAUUCGAGGACACGCCGUGGCCGACUUCGAGACGCGACUCCGAGGAGCAACAGGAGCAGUGGGAUAAUCGCCCCCUCCUUCAGCGCGGCGACUCAGGUAUGUAAGACGGGGCGUAUCUGUCGUUUUCUCAUAUGUACGACAUGCUUUUACUGAUAAAAUGUGGAAUUGGGUCAUUCAUGGCGGCUGUAUCUGGUUGGCGUUUAUUUGGCGGAUCUGGGUAUCAACAGGACCGGCGGGAGAGUAUCUUGUUCAUGCUGGGCGGCGUUGUCUGACUUGGACUAGUCGGGAUAGAGGCAACGGAAUCUAGACCACUCAUUGGGUGUCAAGGGCUGUAUCGCUACAUAUUUGAACACGGAUCACGCAGCGUUAUCCGUCAGGAAACCUGUUGUUUUAAUGGUG